CUCCAUUUUAAAGUGACCAGGCGCCUCACCUUACACACCUACCGUAAUCUUUGUAUUACAGUAUAUUACUCAUCUUUACUACCAGCGCUUGGGAUGUAGAUGUAACUGUGCUGCUACAUCCCGCGGCUGCUUCAAACCCAGGUGACGUCGAGAGGUCCCUACGACGCAUGGAGGUUAGACACAACAGUUACUACAGUUACUAAUCAGGGCGAGGGACUGCCUCUGUCACUUCCUAGCCGGACUUUGACAGCAGGACUCAGGAGUAUCGGCGGCGCAGACCCGGGGAGUGAUCAUGACGAGCUAUCCGUACGGCCAGGGAUACCAUGGCUCUGCAGGACAAACCCCUGGUGCACCUCCAGUAAACUAUAAUGCAGGUCAGCAGUAUGGAGGAGGUGGUCAAUCUGGCCAGCCUUCAUAUGGGAGACCUGCACCUGGAGCACCGUAUGGACCUCCAGUGUCUAAUAAUGGUUAUGGACAGCAAGUACCCGGCGGUGCAGCACCAGGUGGGCCAGGAGGGCCCUACGGUGGCCAAGCUCCAGGUGGUCCUUAUGGGGGAUCUGGAACAAAUCCAUAUGGUGCUCCUCAGCAAGGGCAAUAUGGUCAGAGACCUUCUGGGAACCUACCUCCAGGAGUAGAGCCAGAAGCGUUUAACUGGUUCCAAUCUGUUGACACCGAUAGAAGUGGUCACAUCUCUUUAAAAGAGCUUAAACAAGCCUUGGUCAACUCCAACUGGUCGACGUUUAAUGAGGAAACGUGCAUUAUGAUGAUAAACAUGUUUGAUAAGACUCAGUCAGGCCGGAUUGACGUGUUUGGGUUUUCGGCUCUGUGGACGUAUCUUCAGCAGUGGAAGAACAUGUUCCAGCAAUUUGAUCGUGAUAGAUCUGGCUGCAUCAACCAGACCGAGCUGCAUCAAGCUCUCUCUCAGAUGGGAUAUAAUCUCAGCCCGCAAUUUAUCCAGCAAAUCAUGUUACGGUUUUCUGUAAAAUCCGCUAACCCCGGCUUACAGCUUGACCGUUUCAUUCAGAUUUGCACCCAGCUGCAGAGCAUGACAGAAGCUUUUCGGGAGAAGGAUACACAGAGAACAGGCAACGUGAAGCUCAGCUUUGAUGAUUUUCUUACCCUAGCUGUAGGACGUCUUCUGUAAGAUCAUGGUCUAUUUCACACCUCUUGUUCCCAGUCCUGUACACUAGAGCCUUGUGAAGAACGGCGUGCAAUACCUAUGUGCUGAUCCUAGUACCGGGGAGUAAAUCCAGUGAGACCAGAAUUUUUGUAUAUGUUUCCUUUGAUUGUAUUAAUGCAACGGUUCAUGUAUAUAGACCUACAUUACAUAAUGCCUGUAUAUAUUUAUUUCCAGACUCUUAAAGCCUUUGCAAACUUUACCCACUAGGGGGAGACAGAGUUUAAUAAUUCGGUGGUGAAAGCAAUCCUGAACUAAAGGCUUCCUUUCCUCUUUUACCCUUUCAUAGACUUCAGUAUCUUUUUAUUGCAUUAUUAUUUGAACAUUAUAUUCAGGAUAGAUAGCUAAAUGAUUCUCUUAUUACUGACAUGCUGUAUAUGCUAAUGUAUGUCAGAGCCAGUAAAAAGUGACUAUCCAAAUCAUUCUACUAUGGCAGAAGAUCUUAAUUCUCCUCCUUAUACCUAAAGAAGGGUUCCUGGACUGUAAUAUUAAGGAUUAUCCUUCCAAUAGGACUGGUGGGGUCCAAGCAACCCCCCCAGCCAGCUGCUUGUAUGGGCUGCUGGACUCUUAUCAAAACAGCAGAGCAUCGGAUAACGCCUUGUGGCCAUGAAUGGUACUGCAACGCUGAUAUUCAAAUAGCUGAUCGGUGAGGGGGCCCAGUGUCGACCCCUACUAUCUAAUAUAGAUCACCUAUCCUAAGAGCAGUCAAUAUAACAGUCCAGGAAAACCCCCAUACCAUUUUUUAUUUAUUUUUUACAUUCCAAGCAUGUCAAUAAUGUUACACUAUGGGAAUCCUAUAUACACGUCCUACCUUCUACAGGACGUCGGAGCCCAUCAGGUCAGUACACUUUUCAAGCUGCUAGGGCAAUUGCAGGAGCCUUUCCAAUUUGUAGAGGAAAGAUAUUGUAAAAUACAGGAUGGCGGUUUAGCCAAUGUGGUUAUUAUAUUUUAUAUAUCAUAGUCCUGUUGUUAACCCUUUAUUCCACGCUGUUCCUGCACUGUGUUUAUACAUUUGUUUAGUACCUUGGAGGUGAGGGGGUCAUUUAUUAAGACCAGCAUGCCAGCCUCUACAUAACGUCGGCAUAUACACCACCUGUCUAAACCUACAGCAGCUCCCUUGCUGGCGUAGAUAUAGACCAUUUUCUACGCCUAAAACAGGCGUAGAAAAUGAUAAAUGAGACGGGCCUGGUGGCCCACCCCCUUAUUUCAGACCUGGUUUGAGGGGGCAAAGGAUGCUGAUUGUGGCGCAAAUAACCUUUGUGCUGCAAUCUACGCAAAAUAUAUACGCCAAAAAUUUGCACAUAUCUGAUAAUAAAUGACCCCCCUGAGUUUUUAUGCAGUGAAAACGUUUGACCACAGCAAUUUUCUUUUCUUUUUUUGAACCUUCCAAACAGUUGCCAUAUUUUGUACCUGCCAAAGCUUUAUAAAAUCCCUGAGGAUAUCAGGUGAAUAAUAUUGUGCUAAAAUAAACAUAUAUGGAUUAAAA